AUGCAGCGGGCAUUCAGAAACGGCAGAGCACUGGCGGCACUGCUGUUGGCCCUCCUAUAUCUAUGUCUCGUCGCCUCGGCCCAAGCUGAGAGCAGCAGCAACAAGACAUCUGGCCCCAUCGUCAGCAGCAACAGCACCAUCGCCAAUGUAUCCGUCUCAUCCACCCAAGAUGCACGCAAUCGCGGCAUACGCCAAUCCACAUGUCGUACCGGCACAGUCAAUUACAUAACUCACUCUUUGCCUCAGCAGUGUCUGAGCCGCUCGACUCCGAUCUCGAAUGCGACCACCAUUGUCACUCCUGCUCCUACGACGGCCACCACCCAGCCAUCCUCCAUAUCGAGUAGCGUGGCUUCCGAGGACUUGAUUUCGGCCACAGCAGAAGCUCUGACUGCUUCCACGACGCAGCCCGAAGCCGAGUUCGAGACAGAUUCGCCGCUGGACAAUGCCAAUUUCCUGUCAUUCGAAGAAUGGAAGAAGCAAAACUUGGCCAAGGUUGGUCAGUCACCAGACAAUGUCGGUCAGAGGCCACAUUCUGGACAGGACAAGGCGAUUCGUAAUAUGCGUCCUAUUGACAAUGCUCUCGAUAUUCUGGGCGAAGAUUCGGAAAUCGAGCUGGACUUUGGAGGCUUUGGAAGACAAGAUAGCCCUUCGUCAUCGAGUGCUGCUGUCCAAUCUACAGUAGCUUCUGAACCCACUCUUCGAAGUAGGGAUGCUGGCAAGACUUGUAAAGAGCGCUCCAACUACGCAUCGUUCGACUGUGCUGCCACAGUGCUCAAGUCAAAUCCCGAGUCCAAGUCCGCUCAUGCCGUCCUGAUCGAAAACAAAGACAGCUACAUGCUGAAUAUCUGCUCGAGUACGAACAAGUUUCUUAUUGUCGAAUUGUGCAACGAUAUCCUUAUUGAUACAAUUGUCCUGGCGAACUAUGAGUUCUUCUCUUCUAUCUUUCGUACUUUCCGGGUUUCGGUCUCCGAUCGCUAUCCUGUAAAGGCUGAUCGCUGGCGAGAACUCGGGGUUUUUGAGGCUAGGAAUAUGCGCUCCGUUCAAGCCUUCCUGAUCGAACAGCCUUUGAUCUGGGCGAGGUAUCUGAGGAUCGAGUUUCUGACCCAUUAUGGUAACGAAUACUAUUGCCCAGUCAGCUUGCUUAGGGUACACGGUACUACGAUGAUGGAAGAGUUCCGACAUCAAGAAGAGUUGGCUCGGGGUGAGAUCAGUGAUGACCUGGAGGAAUCUGUCAUGCCUGAUGCAUCAUCUUCUGUUCAGCAAUUACCACAGGAACCUCUUCAAUCCUCGAAAGAGGCCGACAAGUCAAUUGCGGUAGAAUCAGAUACGCCUGUGGAGACUCCAACGGGCGGGUGCGUAUCUCUGCCUUCUUCGACGUCGAACACGACAUCCGCCAAUGCUUCAGCGACCACAAUGUCAACCGGUUCUGAUAUACGGUCUCCUGAUUCAAAAAGCGAACACAUAUCAACCAGUACUCGUACGCCUACGGGUAGCACUGCCAAAUAUAAUCAGACAUAUCUGUCCAACACCAAUGCGCCAGAUGUCAUACACCCUACACAGCCGAUUGCGAACUGUAGUACACUAACAAACAUUUCCACUAACAUGACGUCUACGUCUCUACAUACGGCUUCAAAUCUGACUAGUAAUGCAACAGGUGUGGCACGAUCUGAACCUGUGGUCACGCCUCCAGCACAAAAAUCUUCCUCGACUGUCACUUCCGCCCAGAUUUCGUCGCAACCAAAGUCAGCAGAGUCUAGCAGUAGUUUCAGUCCUUUGAGUAUGAUUGUGCAAGCUUCGACCAACUCGAGUACCUCUGCAAGAAGUGGGUCCGCUGUGAACAAGUCGUCAUCUGCUGCUUCCGAUGUUCAUCAGAAGCCUGGCACGUCGACUGUGUCUUCAGCUCACUCCAAUCCGACUACACAAGAAUCUUUCUUCAAAUCAAUUCACAAACGUCUGCAGAUGCUUGAAAGCAAUGCUACGUUAUCCUUACAAUAUAUCGAGGAGCAGUCUCGUAUCUUGCGUGACGCCUUCAUCAAGGUUGAGAAACGUCAAAUUAAGAAGACUGAAGCGUUUCUCGAGAACCUGAAUACUACAGUGUUCGCCGAGCUUCAGGAUUUCAAGCAGCAGUACGAUCAACUAUGGCAGAGCACUGUUAUCGAGCUUGACAAUCAUCGAGAUCAAUACCAAAGAGAGAUUCUUGCCGUCAGUGCUCGACUGAGCAUUGUUGCUGACGAGUUGGUCUUCCAAAAGCGGAUGGCCAUUGCUCAGAUGACUGUCUUGGUCAUUUGCUUGAGUCUCGUGUUGUUCGUCCGGACAGGAGGCGGUGCCAGCUUGGACAUUCCCAUUCUCCAGCAGAUGGUGAACAAAUCGCAGCUGGGCAGGAGCGCUUACUAUUCUCCGUUAAACUCACCAUCGCCCGAUCAGGUCUCACCGCCUUUUACCAAUGAAGGCAACAGGCGAAGAAGAGGAUUUUGGAGAAGCAGUUUCCACUCACCAGCAUCCCCUAGACCCAUUUCUAGGGGAAAUGGAAAUGUCUCUGAGGCUUCCAUAGAGGAGCAAUAUCAAGGCGAGAACCCGGAUCUCAGGUUCCAACCACCGACUCCAACUCUCCGGGAUGAGAACGACACGGACGGCGAGGGUGGUGUUAUAGCAUCAGCUUCUGCAUCUUCUAUACAUGAAGAGGGCUCCUUUUUGAAUGAAGCAAUAGACAGUGAUGAGGACCUUGAAGGUUCGACGGCGUCACUACCACAAACACAAUCAUCGCCAUCGACACCCAGCGGGUCGAGGGACCUUAAGAUACAACCCUGGCCAGCUGGCAUCGAAGAAAGUGGCAUUGCCGACGACGACUAG